UAUUUUAACACCACAACUUAAAUCACGUAGUUUAUACACAGACUCCCAGUUGGUACGUAUUACGAGAUUGGACGAUAAGCAGUGCGUUUUCAUUGGUCCAUUUGACGAAUCCUGUCAUUGCUAGCUAUUCGGGUAAAGCUACACGGGUAGACCGCAGGGUCAAUAUUUCUGUAAGCCUCGACACAACACAUGACUUGAGGGCGAAUAACAAUCGCUUUGCCAAAAUAUACCUGAUCGCGUGUGUACCAAGAAGAAAUCAAAAUACCACUUUGUAAAAGAAGACAAGCAAAUAUUUUGAUACGAAGAAUAACUUUUGGAAUAUAUAUCAGAAUCUGGAAACACUUGAAUGACUUAACACGCAGGUAGCGACGAAAUAUCGAUACAACCUUACGACUAGUGCCAAAUGCGACCGUUCCUUUAUUGUGGUUUAAUUUCUACCAAACAGCAACAAUUUUUAGUCAAAACCUUCGACUGAAAAGUGUAGACCCAUUUCUCAUCUUGUUCACAUCUGAAAUCGGAUUUUUAUAAACUUUCAUACAAACGCCUGAACUUAUGUAUGUUGUGCAGGACAGUUGUAUAUGAUGUGGUACUCCUAAAACGUCAGUGUUCAAUUUUCAACAAACAUGUCUGAGGACCAGGGUAGGGAGAUAUUUGCCUACGUCCGCGAGAGAGACGACGCCAGGGCCAAACUAAAGAAGGUCGAGGACGAGCUCCAGGAGUACCAGUCCAAACUGUAUGACGCCAAUAGCAAGAUCGAGAGUCUGAAGAAGUCACUGGCUCACGCUCAGAAAGCUACCGCGGCCGGUCAGAAAGGAGCUCCGGCGAAGGCUGCUCCAGCUGGCGCUGCCAAGGGUAAGGGACCAGCAGCUAAGGGCGGAGGGGACAAGGCGAAGGCUAAGGCGUCAUCCACAUCUACUCCUAAUGACACACCAGCCCCAACCCCUCCUCCAGCACGCCAACCUACAACAGUACGUCACCCACCGAUUCUGGGCAAGGAGCAGCUGUCAGAAGAUACCUAUGAAUAUUACAACGCGAUAGGCGACUUAUUUCCAGCUUUACCAUUGGCCAUUGUUCUUACUGCAGAGAAGAAGUUCAAUCUAGCAGACGUAAACGGAGAUGGGGUCGUAGACAAGGAGGAGAUAGACAGUGUGUUGUCCACGUCAGAUGUGGCGAUGUUUACACCUAAACAGAUUGAGGAAAUCAUCAAGGAAAUCGACAAAGACGAAACGGGCGAUCUUGACUUCUGCGAGGUUCUCACGGUUCUCGAGAAAAUGGGAAGGCGGAGGAACUCCAAGCUACCUGAUGCUAUCAACGACAACAAAGAAAAAGUUUGUGCAAUUCAAUGAAGAUUAAGGUUCUAGGACAAAAUAGAAAAGAUAUACAGGGUCGUUCGUAGACACGUGAGAUAUUGUAAUUGUAAUUUGUUUAUCAAUGUUUAGCAGAUUGAUACGUCUCCGUCCAUGACUUAAGACCAAUGACAUCAUUAAAUUUUGGAACUUCAAAUUGAUUACUAGAGGGAUAUUGUGGAUGUACAUAGUGAACUCUUUAUUCUCAAUUUUAAUGCGAUGUCAAUUAUUUAUUUCUUCAUCAUGUCAAAAUUGAAUUCGUUAUUCCGAUGUUUAUGAAAUCAUUCAUCAUAUACAUAAAGUCUUAACACAUUCUAAAUGUACUUUUUAAGAAAUGUGUGAUAAAUAUAAAAUCAUCAUGUUUGACAAAUGAAAAUUGUAGUUGUGACUUAAUAAAUCGUCUAGUUGA